AUGCAUAGAUGGUACUGCCGAAAUUUACCAUUGAACUGCUGUGACGAGGAUCGAAAUGCGGCCUUCGAAGAAACUAAACAGUUUGCUUUGCAAUCACUAGCAAGUGUGGCUUAUCAGAUAAAUACUCUUGCAAGGGAUCUGUUGGACAUGCUGGAUUUGCAAACUGAUAAGAUUUCGAGCCUUACUGGGCAAGUGGACAAUAUCGAUGUGGUUGUCAACAUCCACAAGGAGAAGCUUGCGCGACGUGAAAUUGGAGCCCUCACAACGAACAAGUCGCUGCAAAAGCAACCAAAAAUCAUUGCUCCUGCAACACAGGAACCUGUCCAACGAUAUAAACGUACUCCUAUAGAUUUCUCUGUACUGGAUAGCAUUGGUCAUGGUGUACGCGUCGAGGUUCCAUAUCAAAGUCGAGCAGGCUUGAUUUCUCGCGCAGCUUCCAGCGUAUCCGGUUCUCAACAGUAUGGUGGACAUUACGCUCAGUAUGAACGGACAGCUAAUAUCGGAACCAAUACGAGUUCCCUUGGUUAUGCCAUUGAUCGAUCACCAAAGGCUAUCGAGCCGCUGACUCUGAUGCAGCAUCCGAUUUUGGAAAAAUCAGCGUGCAGGACAGAUAUGGAACCUUACGAUUACAUCAGUCACAAGUUCCACGCGCCUCUAUGGUUGAUGGGGGAAGCGUACCUUAGCGAAGAAAGGCCGGAUCCUCCAGGUUUCCCGUUACCGCCACCCCAGCUUAGCUCAAAUUAUGGAUGUAUCGGCAUGACAAGAGCGGAAGAGCUUCCUCCUCCCGCUAUGCAAGUGUUGAACUCAACCCAUGAAGAUGAACUUCUUCCGCCACCUCCACACUCACAGGCCAAUUUCUUCGACGCACAAGCUGACCGGAUUCCCCGAAAUUACAUAGAAAAAGCUGUUGCACUGUACGAUUAUGAUGCUGACAAAACGGAUGAGCUUUCACUACGGGAAAAUUGCAUCGUCUAUGUACUUCGAAAAAACGAUGAUAGAUGGUUCGAAGGAGUUUUGGAUGGAGUCACUGGACUUUUCUCUGGCAAUUAUGUUCAACCUGUUUGAUACCUUACAUAAGCUUUCAUUUAUACUGACCGCCUUUGUAUCUGAAUUUCUACUUUGUAU